AUGCUCGCAAGACACGUACCUGCUUCUACAGCGCUCAGCGCGGCCGCCCACCGAGCUCUGCCCGCAGCCUCGGCAGCCACUCGCCUUUCGACCGCUGCCCCGAGCAACCGCACUCAGAAGAGGACACUCGCAACCGUCCAGGAUGCGGCACCCAAGAGGACAUAUGGCGGCCUGAAGGACCAGGACAGGAUUUUCCAGAACUUGUACGGACACCAUGGCGCGGACCUGAAGAGCGCCAUGAAGUACGGCGAUUGGUACAAGACCAAGGAGAUCCUCCUCAAGGGUCACGAUUGGAUCAUUUCUGAGAUCAAGGCUUCCGGCCUGCGAGGCCGAGGUGGUGCUGGUUUCCCCUCUGGUCUGAAAUGGUCGUUUAUGAACUUCAAGGAUUGGGACAAGGACGACAAGCCUCGCUACCUCGUCGUGAACGCCGACGAGGGUGAGCCUGGAACCUGCAAGGACCGCGAAAUCAUGCGCAAGGACCCCCACAAGCUCAUCGAGGGUUGCCUCGUUGCCGGCCGUGCCAUGAACGCAACUGCAGCUUAUAUUUACAUUCGAGGUGAAUUCUAUCACGAGGCAACUGUUCUUCAACGCGCCAUUCAGGAGGCAUACCAAGCUGGCCUCAUUGGCAAGAACGCCUGCGGUUCCGGCUAUGACUUCGACGUGUACAUUCACCGCGGAAUGGGUGCUUAUGUCUGUGGUGAGGAGACGUCUCUCAUCGAGUCGCUUGAGGGCAAGCCCGGUAAGCCUCGUCUCAAGCCCCCGUUCCCUGCUGCUGUUGGUCUCUUCGGAUGCCCAUCCACUGUUGCCAACGUCGAGACUAUCGCCGUCGCGCCUACGAUCUGCCGGAGAGGAGGUAGCUGGUUCGCUAGCUUCGGUCGUGAGCGCAACCAGGGUACCAAGCUGUUCGCUAUCUCUGGUCACGUCAACCACCCUUGCACCGUUGAAGAGGAAAUGUCCAUUCCCCUCCGUGAGCUCAUCGACAAGCACUGCGGAGGUGUCCGUGGCGGCUGGGACAACCUCAAAGCGGUCAUCCCUGGUGGUUCCUCGACCCCUAUUCUUCCCAAGCACAUUUGUGACGAUCAGCUCAUGGACUUUGAUGCCCUGAAGGACUCGCAGUCUGGAUUUGGUACUGCCGCCGUCAUCGUCAUGGACAAGUCGACGGAUGUGGUCCGCGCCAUCACUCGUCUUGCCAAGUUCUACCACCACGAGUCUUGCGGCCAAUGUACACCUUGCCGUGAGGGUUCAAAGUGGACACACCAGAUCAUGGACCGCUUCGCCAAGGGCCAGGCGCGCGAGCGCGAAAUCGACAUGCUCCAGGAACUGACCAAGCAGGUUGAGGGGCACACCAUUUGUGCGCUUGGUGAGGCCUUUGCAUGGCCCCUGCAGGGUCUCAUCAGGCACUUUAGACCGGAGCUUGAGGCCAGGAUAAAUGACUACGGACUGAAGCACGGUGGCAAGGCACUGGCUGGAGGCUGGGCGCAUGACGCCGUCAAGAAGGGACAACUAGUCUCGCCCGGACAGUAG